AUGACAACCCUCUUUGAUAUUUUAAAUACACUCAACAACAAUAACAAUAAUAAUAAUUAUACAGGUUGUAAAAGACAAUACUCUAUUAAUAAAAGAGUUGAUAUAAUACCAUCAAUGGAUGUAACAUUAACAAAUGAUAAAUUAAUCAUUGAAACAGAAUUAACAGGUGUCUCAAAGAAUGAUAUAGAUAUUAAUAUUAAAGAUUCAAUUCUCAUCAUUCAAGGUGAAAAGAAAAAGAGUAUAAUUAAAAAUCAACAACAACAACAACAACAACAACAACUCGAAAAUUCAAAUAAUAAAGAAAAUGAUGAACCAUCAAUAGAAGAAUUUGAAGAAGAUGUUAAAUCAAAAUCAGAGUUAAAUAAAACAACUUUAAAUACCACUGAAAAUAAAGAUGAAGAUAAAACAACACAAAACAUUAAUAAAGAGUUUAUAUCAGAAAGAUCAUUUGGUAAUUUUAAGAGAUAUUUAAAUCUUUCAGAAAUUUUAUACCAAUUAGAUUUAAAUUCAAUUGAUACUCAAUUUGAAAAUGGUUUAUUAACAAUUACAAUUAAAAAAAAGUUUGAUAGUUCAAACACAAUUAAAAUUAAUAUUAAUUAA